AUGUUGCCUUCCGACUUUCCAGACCGUGGCCCAUGCCCAGACCACAAAUAUCCUGCUACUACUGCUACUACGACUCCCCAGCAUCACAACAGGCCUGAGGAACUGUUGUUAUUCAAAGCUCAUCGUCACCAUCUCAUCGAACCGCCCGACGAAAUGACAGCUUCCAGAAAGUUCUCCUACGCGUCCGUCAAAGAAGAAACAGAUGAUGGCCUCCCCCAGUCGUUUGGGUCGUCCCUGUCAUCCCAGGACCUCGAGGAACUUGAGUGGAUCGCGUGGCCCUGCAGCCAGUGGUGUAAGACCAAAGGCCUGUGCUCAUAUCAUUUCAGCGGCUCCCACGAAGACCAUGUCCGGACAAGGCUGGAGGGAUAUGCUCGGAACAACCCGAGAAAGCUGGAAAAGAUCCUCGACGAGCUGGAGAAGCGGAGGGCGGCGCAGAAGUUGUUCAACCUCCCCUUCGCCAAGGAGAUCACGCGCGUGCACCCCCGCCCCGCCGAUUUCAGCCUUGAGGUAUGGCGAGAGAAGGUCAGAGAUUCCAUUCGCCUGAGCGACGAGUUCGAUCGCACGGGCGCAGACACGGCCAUCGUCGACGACUCGGACGAGACGCUCUCGCAAGUGUCGGACAUCGCCCGCAAGGAGGGGGUUGCGUAUCUGGAGGCUAUGCCCGAGGAAAUCCUCGAACUCAUCCUGUCCUACGUGACGGUUGAUCACACGGCAGACCCCUAUGCGCGUCCUCAUGUGGAUCUGGCAAGCUGCUCCCUCGUGUCCAAGACCGUCCAGGCGGCUGCCGUCCGGGUGUUGUACCGACACGUCUCGAUCCCGCAAUCGAGAGCCUUCGCCAAACUGAUGCGGAGUCUCAAGACCACGCCCCAGCUCGGAGAAUUGGUGCAGUGGCUGGACUUUUCUCACUACUCCAACAUGGGCUUCGGCAGCGCUCGCAGCACGCGCAACCAAACCCCGUUCUUGAAGCCCGAGACCCUCAACGCAUGUCUAGAUGUCAUGCCGAACCUGCAAGCAUUCUUGGUCCACGAGCAUGUCGACGAGGAACUUGACGUCAACAUCAUCGCCAAGCUGUUCAACAUGCCUCUCAUGCAGGCGAUGGACUUUUGCGCCUGCUCUUCUCGGCCGUUUGCAGAGGCCUUCACCACCGUCACGAAACAGCUCUCCACGCCGCUCCGAAGCCUGAAGCGCCUUUCGUUGCAUGAAUGUACCACGCUGCAAGAGCCUGUUUUCGAAUCACUCCUCCCGCUCCUGACGAAUCUGACCCACCUGGAUGUCGCCCACACCCUCAUCAACGACAAGGCCCUUCUGUCCAUCCCGGCGACUGCCAGGAUCACACACCUGAACAUCGAGCGCUGCACGCGUCUCACAGGGUCGGGCGUGGUCAAAUUCCUCACCACACAUCUCGCCGUCCGAGGCAAUGUCGUCUACCUGAACCUGGCGGCUGACCCAUCGCGGCACAGACUGCUCGCCGAAGACGACGUCACUCGCCUACUAAAGUCGUUGCCGUCAAGUCUCAAAUCCCUCAACCUAGGUGGAGCAAAGAUUAGGCCGUCACAUGUUCCCGCGCUAAGACGUCUCGCCACGCAUCUGGAAGAACUCGGUCUCCGUGGGGCCGACCUCAGCCUCGGCAGCGACAUCAUCCGCCUCUUCAAACCUUCUCCGUCGUCCGCGUCUUCGGAAGACGAGGACCACGUCAUGGACAAUCAUGACACAUCAUCACCGUCUCGCCAGCAGCACCGCAGCACCCUGCGCUACCUCGACCUGACGGCAAUUCCCUCCGUCACACAGCUCUCGCUCUCGUACUCCCCAUCCUCCCUCACGGACAAGGACACGCUCCCGCUUGAGGUCAUCGAGCUCGGCGGCGACGUGCUGCAGGAGAUCAAGCGCCGCACGGCGCACGUGCGGGACCGCGGCAAGCUGGAGUGGGUGGUCAAAGAGCUCGGCCGCCGCGGGUGGUACGUACGCCAGCCACUUCCCGCUGCAGGCUCCGUCGUGGUCGACAACGGCGCCCGCACCUGGAAGAUGGGCGCCCGCUGGUGGGGCAUGCGGAAGAUCCCCAUGGUCGAGCAGGACGUCGGCGGCAUGUAUGGGUAUUUCAUGUUCAAGAGGUCAUGA